ACUCUGUUGUGUCGUAGUGUUUAGCUUAAUUAAAUAAGUUAUAUUAGUUGUCGUAGGCUAAUCAAUGUAUUGUACGCAUAACUAUUAAUCACGGGCGGGGCCUGUUUACUUUUACACCACAAUGCGGAAGACGUUUCACUCCAACGCAGUUCUCGAUCCACUCCCAGAUCGAGGAGAGGCAGAUAAGCAUCUGUUACCUUUCUACUCUUCAGAAUAACAAUAUGUGGCCAAACCAAGGACCUCCUAAUCCAGCCUUCCCCCCGGGCUACAACCCUGCCUUCCCUGCUGCACCCCCCCACGGGGCAUUCCCUCAGGCCCCAAAUCCAGCCUUCCCACCUGGCCAGUUUCCUGCGUAUCCUGCGGGGGUCCACCCACCCUUGCACCCGGGGGGCAUCAUUCCCCCACCCAUGUACCCGGGAGCCACGCCCUUUGGAGUCCCAGGACAGCACCCCUAUCCCGGGGCACCCGGUGCUUAUCCAGGAUGCCCUCCGGGAGGUGCUCACCCAGGACCCUACCCCAAGUCUCCCAAAGCAGGCCAUCAUAAGGGGGACCAUAAGAGCGGCCACAAGAGUGGUCACAAGGGAGACCACAAGGGUCAAUACCCCAGUGGAGGUGUAGGCGGCAUGGGCAUGGGCAUGGGCAUGGGCAUGGCUGGACACAAGAUGGACAAAAAGAUGAAGAAGAAGAUGAAGAAGGCUAAGGGUCAUAAGUCCCAUAAACAUGGCGGGAAGGUGAGUUUCUGCCACAGCAGUAGCAGCAGCAGCAGCAGCAGCAGCAGCAGCGACUGAGGGAGCUGUCUCCUGAAAGAUUCCUUCCAAAGUGAAGGACUUUGUUAUUACCAAAUUACAGUGACCUGUAGCAGUAACCAGAUAUUGGUAGUUAAUAUUGUUAAGGGUCUGUUUGAUGUUAUAUAAGAGUAUGAAUCAUGCUAUUUAUAACACAAGGAUAAUCAUUAUGUUAAUCCAAUACCAAUUAUAUUAAUGCAUAAGAUGCAUGUGCAGAAAUAAGUGUUUCAGCAUUACUUGGAAGUAACCAUCUGCUGUGAAUAUAACCUUAAUUUAAUUGGUGUGUGUGUAAGGAUAUUUAAUUUGUUAAAAAAAGAUGUUGAAUUUAUAUAUAUUAAGUUAGAGGGUAAUUGUGGGACCAUAGUAUUAAUAAUGAUUAAUGAUCCUUAAGUAUUUUAUUAAUAAUAUACAUUAAUUUCAUAAUAAACUGAUAAUAAAGAUUUUCUAUUAAUCUGCCUGUUUAUUAUGCAACUAGAUGCAAGUGGUUUUACUACACUAUAGAUAAAUCAUGUGACUACAAUUACAACUUAAGAUCAAUGAAAUAUAAAGGAAUCAUUUUAAUAAAAGUAACAUUAUGAAUCUAUUACCUUUAAAGAGGAAUAACCUCCAUGUUAGAUAUUAUGCAGAGGUUUUUUUAAUCAUAACCAUUACUCCACCUUGAGUAAAAUUUUCUACAUUAUGUUAAUUAAAAUUCAACAUUGUAUCCUUUUACAGCAAUAACAUUUUUCUGUUUGAGAAUAGGGCGUGUUAUGCCUCUCUACACCCCACUGGCCCUGCAGUGGCAGUGCAAUGGUCUCUGGGCGCAGGGGCACCAUCAAGUUAAACUUGCACACUCCAGCCUCAGAAGGGGGCUUGCUUUCUGUGUUUGUCCCUGUUCUGUUGGCAUGUCUCAGCCCAUGCUCAGGUGUGCUGCCUCAGUGGAGCUGAUUAGGAGCACCUGGACCACUCGUCAAGUCUGGAGUUAAAAUUGACAGAUUCCCCUUCCCAUGCGGGAUGCUUUUGGUCUUGGGACUGCUGGCUGGUCGUGCCGCCUCUUUGGGAUUUGUCUUGUCUUGUCCCUAUGUUUUGUUGUAUAUCUUAAUGCCAUGUCCUUUUCAUAUGUUUAUGUAAAUAAAUCCCACUGGUUGGGUUUUUGUAAAA